GGAGCCAUGAAGAUGGUGUUUUAUGGAUAGCAAUGGCAGGCACUCACCAGAUUUGGGCACUGAUGUUGGAAGAUGGAAAAUUACCAAAAGGAAGUGAUUUAAAGAAAGGAGUCUGCCUUCGAUUUGCUGGAAGUGGGAAUGAGGAGAACAGAAACAAUGCAUACCCUCAUAAGGCAGGCUUUGCCCAGCCUUCGGGUCUCUCUCUGGCUUCCGAGGAACCAUGGAACUGCCUUUUUGUAGCAGACAGCGAGAGCAGCACUGUGCGAACCAUCGCCCUGAAAGACGGAGCAGUGAAGCACCUUGUAGGAGGAGAGAGAGAUCCAUUGGUAAUGUUUGCCUUUGGUGAUGUGGAUGGAGCAGGCAUAAAUGCAAAACUGCAGCAUCCCUUAGGAGUAACGUGGGACAAGAAAAGAAAACUGCUCUAUGUGGCAGAUUCCUACAAUCAUAAGAUUAAGGUUGUAGAUCCCAAGAUGAAGAACUGUGCUACCCUGGCAGGCACAGGAGAAGCAAGCAACAUCACUGGUUCCAGCUUUACACAGUCAACAUUUAAUGAACCAGGAGGUUUGUGUGUUGAAGAAAAUGGCCGCUUGAUGUAUGUUGCAGACACCAAUAAUCAUCAGAUUAAAGUGCUGGAUUUGGAAACAAAAAUACUUUCCAUGUUGCCUAUCCUGAAUCCAGAAGCAGGUGAUGUUCCAGAUAACCUGCCUGUGCAAAAGGAAAAAAUGACAAGCCUUCCAAAGCUGCCUAAAUCUGCACCAAAUGUUCAACUUCCUUCACUAACAGUAGCUCCUGGCCAGACAAUUCAGUUUUUAUUAAAGUUGACUCUUCCUCCAGAUUCAAAACUGAAUGAAGAAGCACCCAAUUCCUGGUUUAUCACAGCAGAAGAUAAUAACUGGUUGCUUCAAGGACAGUGUCUGUUUGGAGAAAUAAAGGAUGUUUCCAGUCAAACUGUCAUUCCCUUUCAGUUACCAGGGAGCUGUCUAUCAGCUGAAGCUAUCCUGGCUAUCAAAGUGUGCCUCUACUAUUGCAGCAAAGGUAGCAAUGCCUGCAUGAUGAAAGGAAUCUCAUUCAAUCAGCCUUUACAGAUAGCUAGUACAAACCAAGGCAGCUUGACUAAAGUUGAACUGAUACACACGUUUUUAAGUAACUAA